CAGACGUUGAGCGCGUCAAGGUCAUGCUACACUACCUAGCCUGUGGAGCUGCAUUGUGCGCGCUAGUGCGUGAGUGUCCAUCUCCCGACUAACCAGCGAUGCUUAUUGAUUGGUUCAAAAGCGAGUGCUUAGCUAAAACAUGUGAACUGCGUAAAACUAAACAGUUGAUCUUGUACCCAGUGUGGACUGCCGAUGUACUAUUGCCAUUGCUUCUACUAAACUUCCAUUUGCAAUACUGUUGUUCUGAUUUCGGUUGAGUGUAACAAUUUGGCGACGGAGGUUAUUCUGAUUGCUCAUGGCAAAUUCAAUAACGGCACCCCAACCCUUUUGGAAUUCUUCUACUGAGAGGCCUACUGCGCAACAAUGGUUGCAGUGGAAAACUACAUUUACUAACUACGUUGAUUUGCUUUUGCUCCUUGGCGGAAAUUGCACGAUUGAUGAUGCAGCGAAAAUUAAAUUACUACGCCACCAUCUCGGCAUCGAGGGCCAGCGACAUUUCGACAGUUUACAAUUACAUACGAAGCGAGACCUAAAAACUGUGUUCUAUUCCCUGGACCGAAUAUGGGGGAAAAGCCCCAUGUGUUUACUGCUCGGUAUAAAUUCAGCACCAUGCGACAACAGCCAAAUGAGACUGUAAAUGAGUUUAUCUCUCGUCUCCUUACUGCUCUCCCUGACUGCGCCUAUGAUCAGAUCCUUCCAGCCCAGUUCGAAGAAGCGAUGCUGUUACAGGCAUUAAUCGUGGGUGUUUUCGAUGAGAAGGCACGAGAACGUCUGCUCUCCGAAGAUGAAACGCUACUGACGUGGGAAAAAGCAUGUGAUAUAGUCCGACAGCGUGCCAACCUCGUCCAGGAACUAGCCACAUUUCCCUCUUCAAAUCAAUCAAUCUCACAUGACGUAAACAAGGUCUACCAGACUAACCGUGGACAUGCCUUACCUCGCCCCGUACAGCGCAAGGAAUUCCGUUGUUACCGUUGCGGGGAGAAUCACUUGUCCCCGACUGACUGUCCGCACAUUCAUUCAUUAUGCAGAUUUUGUGGAAAAAUGGGUCAUAUUCAGAAAGUGUGUCUCUCCAAGCGGAAAUCACUCGUCCAGGAACAAUCUAAGGCUACAAACUGCAUUACCGAUGAAUUGCACCAGAAUUGGAUUAACACCACAACCGUUUUUAAUCGCACCAUUACAGCAGAAAAACCGUUUGUCGUAUCCGUCCAAGUAAACGAACAACCGGUAGAGUUUGAAAUUGAUACCGGUUCCGCAGUCACUUUGAUCCGACCAGACGCCUUAUCCCAACUUCCAAAGCUGUGUCCACCGAACAUACAGUUGCGAUCUUACACGGGACAGAUGGUGAAUGUGCUUGGUACCUUCAAUGCACGCAUUUCUUACCGUAAUUCAACGAGUCAUAUGUGUGUGUACGUUUCUGGAGGACCGGGUCCGAACAUCCUGGGCCGCGAUGGAAUUAAGCGCCUUCCUGGCAUAAUGUCGAACGUCAACCUGGUGAAAGACAAUCCGCAGUUAUCCGAGAUUUUGCAGAAGCAUGCAGUCUUAUUUGAUCAGUCGAGAUCAGGACUUUUAAAGAAUUACAGUGCACAUCUGGUAUUGAAACCACAGACAAAACCGCGGUUCUGGAAAGCUCGCACUGUUCCCUAUGCCCUCCGUGAUAAGGUCGAAAGUGAACUGCGCCGACUCCAGUUGGAAGGUACCGUUGAACCCGUCCAGUAUUCAGACUGGGCAGCCCCAUUGUGCCAGUAUUGAAGAGCGAUGGUACGAUAAGAAUCUGCGGGGAUUACAAGGUUACGAUAAACCAAGCGUUAGAAUUAGACCGAUAUCCGCUACCAAAGAUUGAAGACAUUUACGCUUCCCUUUCCUGUGGUGAUCUAUUUACAAAACUAGAUCUGAGUCAUGCCUACCAACAAAUUGAACUCGAUGAGGAAUCACGCACGUACACCACCAUUAGUACUCAUCUCGGAUUAUUCCGCUAUAUACGCAUGCCUUUUGGAAUAAGCUCGGCUCCAUCUAUUUUUCAACGUAUUAUUGACUCACUCGUGAAAGAUAUACCAAACACAUGUGCGUACUUAGAUGACAUUUUAAUUACUGGACGAACUACCGCCGAGCACUUACAUACAUUGGACGUCGUCCUGAAGCGAUUAUCGGAUGCCGGUUUGGUUCUAAAAAGAGAAAAGUGUGAGUUCCUUGUUCCGAGUGUACAGUAUCUUGGCUAUCGGUUGUCACGUGAAGGAUUGUGCCCACUGGAAGAAAAGACAAAGGCGCUACUUGAGGCGCCAGCACCCAAAAAUGUUCAUGAAUUGCGGUCGUUCCUCGGUGUUGUCACUCAGUUUUCCAGGUUUAUACCAUCGGCAGCAACUCAUCUGCAUCCGCUUCACCAGCUGCUACGUAAAAACCAAAGCUGGAAUUGGAACAAUACUCAUGAAAAUGCAUUCAAAGCGGUCAAGAAGCUCUUAGCAUCUACAGAUGUUCUUGUGCAUUAUGAUCCGCAGAAGCCUGUUGUUCUUUCUUGUGACGCCUCACCUUACGGUCUCGGAGCUGUUUUAAUGCACAAAUUACCGAAUGGCUCUCAACGUCCCAUUGCUUAUGCUUCAAGAACCCUGACACCAGCAGAACGGAACUACUCUCAACUUGAUCGAGAGGCAGCCGCUGUCAUCUUCGGCACCACUCGAUUUCACCAAUAUUUACUCGGGCGACCUUUCGUGAUCCAUACGGAUCAUAAACCUCUUGUUUUCCUCCUCGGCCACGAGAAAGGUAUUCAACAAAUGGCUUCACCUAGAAUGGUACGUUGGUCGCUUAUUCUUUCUGCGUAUACAUACGAAAUUCAGUACGUUCCAGGCAAACAGAAUACCACCGCUGAUGUUCUUAGCCGGCUUCCCUUACCAGAGACACCAUCGAAAGAAUUUAUCCCACAAGAGCUCGUAAACCUGGUCCAGCAUUUUAAUGAUUCCCCAGUCACAUGUACAGACAUACGUCAGGAAACUGACAGAGACUCUGUUCUAUCGUUGGUCAAACGCUAUGUCCAAGUUGGGUGGCCGGACAACACCCCCAAAGAACUCAUGCCCUUCCGUAACAGGAUGUCUGAACUCAGCCUCCAGAAUGGAUGCUUGCUGUGGGGCGCACGAGUUAUUGUCCCCAAGAAAUUUCGGUCACGUAUCCUUGACGAACUACAUGAUGCGCAUCCAGGUGUCGCAAAGACGAAGUCGUUAGCUCGAUUUUAUGUGUGGUGGCCUGAAUUAGACCGUGAUAUUGUGGCGAAGGUUGGAAGUUGCAGACCUUGCCAGGAGACCCGAAACGCCGCUCCUCAUGCGCCAAUGCAGCCUUGGAAGUGGCCAGAAACACCCUGGAAACGAGUCCACGUAGACUAUUUCGGUCCCUACGAAGGUCGGAUGAUUUUGCUAAUCAUCGAUGCCCAUUCUAAAUGGAUUGAUGCCCAUAUUCUUGUUUCAGCAAAUUCAGCUGGUACUAUAGAGAAACUACGCACAACGUUCGCAACAUUUGGCCUUCCCGAGACAUUAGUAUCUGACAAUGGACCAGCAUUCGCCAGUGUUGAGUUUUCUACCUUCCUCAACUCGAACGGCAUUAAACACAUAACAACUGCACCCUAUCAUCCUUCUUCUAAUGGGUUGGCGGAGAGAGCCGUACAAACAGUGAAGAAGCUGCUAAUAAAACAACCAAAUGCUCCGCUGCGUGUGCGUUUGGAUCGUUCCUUGUUCGCAUAUCGAAACAUGCCAAACGAGACCACAGGCAGAAGCCCCGCAGAGUUAAUGUUUGGUCGUCGACUGCGUACACGAUUGGAUUUAUUGCAUGGAUCUAUUGAGCCACAAGUUUCGGAAAAACAACAACGAGUGAAAGAGCGUUUUGAUACUUGUAGCAGAGACAAGCAUGUGACAGAUUCAGAUCCCAUCUACAUCCGCUUACCUACAGGCUCGGGGUGGGAGCCAGCCGUCGUUAAAACAACUAACGGACAGAUAAUAGAAGCAGAGACUGAGGAUGGCAGGAUCGUUCGACGCCAUUUAGAUCAUGUGCGACCGAGAUUGUCCGACACAGAAACAGUUGCCGAGACAGAGCAGCCAGCUCAAGCAUCGAACGACAUGCACGUGCGUGACGCCGAACCGGUAGCUGAGUCACAAUUGCGGCGCUCUGAGCGCCGACGCCGACCGGUCGAUCGUUUCCAAGCUGGAUAGCUCCAACUAAAGGUGGGAGAAGUGAUACAGACGUUGAGCGCGUCAAGGUCAUGCUACACUACCUAGCCUGUGGAGCUGCAUUGUGCGCGCUAGUGCGUGAGUGUCCAUCUCCCGACUAACCAGCGAUGCUUAUUGAUUGGUUCAAAAGCGAGUGCUUAGCUAAAACAUGUGAACUGCGUAAAACUAAACAGUUGAUCUUGUACCCAGUGUGGACUGCCGAUGUACUAUUGCCAUUGCUUCUACUAAACUUCCAUUUGC